CGUUUCUAUGAGUGGUUGUGUUGUCCGCGAUCGAAUGUAACAGCGAUCGUAACGUUCGAUUUGAAAUCGUUUUCAAAUUUUGCUGUGUCUGUGGACUGUGAAAAAUAAGUUAAAAUUAAAAAAUAAACAGUGUAGUGUAGUGACAGUUAAUUGUAUGGAUUACUUAAGCACUGUGAAUUAAAUUAUAUCCGCUCGAGCGUCACAAUGUGAGGAAUUAAGUGUGAAGAUGUGAAAAACAAGAACAAUGAUCAAAAUUCGUGUAGCGUGCUUAGUGAUGUUCGCAGUGCUGCAGCGGAGUGCUGAGAGCCAGCAAGACGUUAUUAUAGAGGAAUCUUCGUCCAUAGAAUCUAUCCACGCUGCGCUAGGGCGGGCGGCGGAGUUGCCUUGUGACGUCACGCCGGCAAUUGCCCAUGACAGCGUCGCAUUGGUCAUUUGGUACAAGCAGGGACACAACACACCUGUGUAUACUUUCGACACAAGAGAUGGCGUCGAUACGCACUGGUCGGAUCCAGCUACUCUCGGUUCCAGAGCUUCCUUCCGAACCAGCACUACACCAGCAUUACUUGUACUUACUAAGAUAAGGCCUGAAGACAGCGGACAAUAUAGAUGUAGAGUUGACUUCAUAAAGUCACCUACCAAGAACACAAGGCUCAACCUCACUGUAUUGAUACCUCCAGAACGGCUGGUGAUACUGGACCAAGAUGGAGAAGAGUUCCGUGGUGGGGCAAUGGGGCCUUUCGAUGAAGGGACCAGAGUCAAUCUUACUUGCGUGGCUAUUGGUGGUCGCCCUGCAGCUAGAGUAUCGUGGUGGCAGUCACACGCACUCUUAGCCAACUCUGAGUCGAGGGCUUCCGUCUCUUUCACACUGCAAAGAGAUUUGUAUCCUGCAACUCUCACUUGCCAGGCUGUCACAGACCCUUCGAUAUCACCGCUGUCGGAAAACAUCACUAUUGAUAUGAAUCUAUAUCCUCUAUGGGUACGUAUAAUUGGAGGUGCAAGACCGCUGGUAGCGGGGAGAGCAGUGGAAAUAAUAUGUCAAGCAGUGGGCGCUCGUCCCCACCCUACAAUAUCAUGGUGGAAGGGUGCCACUAGACUGCAUACAAUUCGGGAAAAGAUAUCACCUGACGGCAACGUGACAAGUAGUAUCUUGAGUAUAAUACCGACAGUCGAAGAUUCGGGACGAAUAAUCUCAUGCAGAUCUGUUCAGCAGAACCUGAAGCAUUCUGUUCGAGAAGAUGGAUGGAAGAUGGAGAUACAACAUGUACCCAUACCAAAACUUAAGUUGGGUGCCAAUUUAGACCCUGACAAUAUAAUGGAGGGGUCGGACGUGUACCUGGAUUGUGACGUGCGAGCGAGGCCGGACCAUGACCACGUUUAUUUCACAUAUAAUGGGGUGAUUGUAAAAGGCAGCGGCGGAGUGCUCGUGUCUCGUCAGAGCUUGGUCCUACAGGGUGUUUCGAGGCAGCGAGCCGGAGCAUAUGUGUGUGUUGCACGAAAUUCGCUUGGAGAGGGCAGCAGUGAUCCAUUACAUCUUGAUGUUAAAUUCAGUCCCGUGUGCACGAAAAAGGACGGUGUGGCGCUGCGGGCCGCCCGAGGAGAGACUAUGUCCAUCAAAUGUGACGUCGACGCUAAUCCUAUGCCAUCGUCGUUUAGGUGGUGGUUUAACAGUUCAACAUACACUGAGCGGGAGCUGACAAGUAGCAAUGGACAUGCAUAUGACUAUAGGGUGAACAGUUCAUCUGAGUAUGGAUGGGUCCAAUGUGCCGGAACUAACUCGGUGGGACGUCAGGCUGAGCCCUGUAUGUUUCACAUUUUACCUGCCGACAGACCAUCGGCAGUGCAGAGUUGUGACAUUAGCAAUGUUACACACGAGUGCUUCUUGAUCGAGUGUAACCCGGGAUAUGAUGGCGGACUUGCGCAAGAGUUUAUGUUACAGGUAUUCAUCGUUGAAAACGGUGCGCUGAUAACGAACAGGACAGGCGUGGCAGCACAAUGGAGGGUCUGCAACGUGUCUGGGGCGCAAUCUGUUCGCGUGUCAGUUUACGCGUAUAACAGAGUGGGACACAGCGAACCACAUACGGUCACUGUUGGUUUACUGGAACAUCCGCAGAGACAUACGGGUAUUUCGUCAGUCAGUGUACAACUGUCGGCCGUGCUUGUGUCAGUGCUCUGCGCUGUGAGUGUACUUAUUUGCGUCGGUACAUUAGCAACGUUUGCAUUGUGCUACCGGCAUUGUCAGCCGAGAAGUGGAGAAAAACCAGAAAAAGCGAAAGGCCGCGAUGAGUCAACCAAAGAUCUCCUCGAAGACAAAUCAGAGGCGAAAGACGAGAAACAUUCAGACACAAACCCAGACAUAAUACCAAUAGAAACGAAGAACAUCGCCGUGACAGAGACCGCGCAACCGUUACUUUCUCACGGGCAUUGCUGUGACCGGCCUAUUUGCGACCAAUAUGUAGUUCGGCCUAUGCAAUAUCAUGUGCAUCCAUACAACAUUGACGCAAAUACACCGAGUUUGAGUCUAGAGCCGUUGGAGUUAAGUUAUUUGCCCACCGAGUAUCGAUUGCCACAUGAUAAGGUGUAUGAAGACUGGCUGAGGUAUAAGAACGCUUUGCCCAUGGACACAAGUAAUUUGCUCCCACCACACCAACUGACGCCCCAGCCGAAUUCAAUAUACAGCAGCAUCAAGCGGAACCCCCUUAAAUUGGUCAAAAUGCCAGAACUGGAUCCAUGCCGACUGGAGGUGUCUAAUUAUCAACGAUACUCACCAUCGCUACAGCUAAACCCCGAAAAUAAUACAGCAAGAUUCAAUAAUACACAAAUGAAUGAAGCUCAGCCAGGCAAUGGAAAUGAACGCCAACAAGUCCCGAACGAAGCGUCCAAUACAGUUACACAGCGAUGAAGCCAGUGAAUUGUUUUUGUGUGAUUUUUGUGUUACCUCGAGUUAUACCCCUGAAAGACGUUGACAUUUCAAUUAUGAAGCGAACGGUGUUUCUGUGUCUAAAUAUAAAAUAUUCGGCAUAACAGUUUCCGAAAAUAUACUGUAUUAGUAAGAAAUUGUUUUUACUUCACAGAUACUCAUUUCAUUACCUUGUCCUUACGUACACCAGAUUUGAUUUACGAUAUAUCGAUUGUAAGGUAAAUUUUCCUUGUAAAAAUGGUAACACGUUAUAGUCCCUUUUUAUAUUAAAGCCGAGGAUGGAAGUGAGAAGUUGAAAGUUUGGAAGUGUCAAUGACAGGUCCUAAAAUUAUUCUCGUGACAAUUUAAAUUAGUAAUAGGCAAGAGCUUUGACAGUUGUCAUUUGCGAACGUCACUUUGACAUUUUUACUCUCGACUUAAAUUAAGAUGCAUUUGUCAUUUAGAUAUAGGUGAUGGCACAAGACGUCUUCAAGUCGACAAGUUACGUUUCAGAACUAUUUGUGUGAACGAAUUUAGUAUUAAAAGCUUGUCACGCCAUAGAUUUUUUGCUUUUUUUAUUUCAAAGCGUUGAACGCAUUUUUUUUAAUCUUUUUCCAUCGAAAUAUUUUCGUCGAGAAUAGAAUUUAUGUCUUCGUAUUUAAGGUUGUAAAUAUGAAUUGUUGCAUUUAAAGAUUGCAGAUUGAAUUGAGUAUUUAUUGUAAAGUAUUAAUUAUAGUUUUAUUAAUA